CCCCCUCUUUCUCUGCUCCUCUCCUACUCAUGCUCUCUCACUCUCUCUCAAAAUAAAUAAACAUUAAAUAGAUAGAUAAAAAAAAAUUUUAAAAUAAAAUAAACUAGACUCUAGCAUAUAGUAAAUGCUCAAUAAAUUUUCUUGAACAAAUGAGUUAGCCUGAUGGAUGGCAAUUUUCUAAUUAACUCAGAGAUCAUAAACUAAAAUGGCCUUGUGAAAAAAAAUACUUUUUUUUUUCUAAAUUAAAUGAAAAGACCCUGUGACUUAAUGGGUGCUGGUUCUGCUACAAUCUAACUUUGUAACUGUAAACAAUUUGUUUCCCAUUGUGCCCCUAGGUUUCUCCAUCUGGAAAAUGGAGAUAAGAGUGCCAGCCCUACAUUCUUCAAAAACUUGUAAGUAUCUCAAAAGAGACAAUAGUGGUGUUAGGCUAAAGAUGCAAUGCAGAAGCUUAGCAUGGAUGGUUUUUCAUAAGAUUAAACCAUCCUCUCAGUGAUUAACUUACUUAUUAAACCGGCAAAAUUCCAUUUUCAGCUUUUGUUCCUGUACAGACUAGCAGCUGAUUACUGCAAUAAUCAGUAUUCUAUAUUGCUAUUGUUUCCCAAGUAUUGCUAUUAAAAAUUUUACUUAACUAACCAUUUCCAAACAAAACUGCCAUGUCUUACAAGGCAAAUUUGCCUUCAAAGUCACAAACUUUGAAAAUGAUAAUGAUAAGCAUACUUAACAAAUCCAAUCUAACUGGUACUUAUUUAAAAUGUGAAGCAGUAUUCCUGCAGGGUAAUCACCCUCCCCCCCCCCCAUAUGUUAAUAGCAAACCGAUCUUUCUGUGGUGGGAAUUCUAUUCACCCUGUUCCCGUUUUCUCCUUCAAGUUAAAUUCUAUUUUGCAAGGUUUCCCUUCCAGUCUUAAAAAAAAAAAAAAAAAAAAAAAAAAAAAGAUCCUGUACCUUUAAUACAAGAGACCUGGCGAGAGGUUUCUUUCCAAACUUGUUCCCUGGCUUCCAAGUGACGAAACCAGCUGUAAUUUGAGAGCAGAGAGAUCCUCAGGAUAUCAUUAGCCAAAGGAAAAGCUCCGCAUUCCCACCCAGUGCAGAGGUUGAAAUAGUAUCAGAAGGCCGGAGUCUUUCUCUCCAGCCACAGGCUCCAUCUUUCAGGAGCAAGGGGGAACUCGGAGAGAGAGUGGGGCAGCAGAGUCCGCGGCCUGCCAGCGCCCUGGAGGAGGGCUUCCCUCUCCUGCCCUCGAUCCCGCUGGAUUGACCCGGCUGAGUUCCAGCCUAGAGCGCAGGAGCGCAGAGCCGGGGCGCCUCCUGCGCUACCCAGGCGCUGGUGACAGCCACAUGAAGCCUGCUGGGGAGGCGGGGCCAGGGUGCAGCAAGCCGGCGGGGACCGAGGCUGUCGCCGUCUUAGGGAGGCACUGACUGCCAAGGGGACCCCCUCCCCUCCAUCGUGCCUGGGCGAACAGUCUUCUCCAGGGGUCCCCUGUCAUCCUGCCUAUCCAGGAUGGUGCUGCUGAAGUUCCUCUGGAUGGGUUUCUUCUGCCACCUGUGUCAGGGCUACUUCGAUGGCCCUCUCUAUCCGGAGAUGUCCAAUGGGACCCUGCACCACUAUUUCGUGCCCGACGGGGACUAUGAAGAAAAUGAUGACCCCGAGAAGUGCCAGCUGCUCUUCAGGGUGAGUGACCACCGGCGCUGCUCCCAGGGGGAGGGGAGCCAGGCCAGCAGUCUGCUGAGCCUCAGCCUUCGGGAGGAGUUCACCGUGCUGGGCCGCCAGGUGGAGGAUGCUGGGCGUGUCCUAGAGGGCAUCAGCAAGAGCAUCUCCUACGACCUGGACGGGGAAGAGAGCUAUGGCAAGUACCUGCGGCGGGAGUCCCACCAGAUCGGGGACGCCUACUCCAACUCGGACAAGUCCCUCACUGAGCUGGAAAGCAAGUUUAAGCAGGGCCAGGAACAGGACAGCCGGCAAGAGAGCAGGCUCAACGAGGACUUCUUGGGGAUGCUGGUCCACACCAGGUCCCUGCUAAAGGAAACACUCGACAUCUCUGUGGGGCUCAGGGACAAAUACGAGCUGCUGGCCCUCACCAUCCGGAGCCAUGGGACCCGGCUGGGUCGGCUGAAAAAUGAUUAUCUUAAAGUGUAGGUGUGAGGGCGCGCUGCCUGGGAGAGGGCAUCAAAUCAGCCCCGUUGUGGAGGGUGGGGACAGAAGCCGGGGCUAACGUCUCCCUUAUACUUAUUAUUUUUUAUAUCUGGAUUUGCACUUGGAGAAUCAUCUGAAGUGAUCUUUAAAAAGAAAUAAGCGAGGGCCGAGCUGUUUUGUUUUUGUACAUUAUUUAUGGGAUUGCUAUUGACUUGUUACUUGGAAAGACCGAUUUAAAGCCAUGCCUCCCGCCUUUCUUAGAGGACUUUCUAACUCUGCACAGACACCUGUUUCCGCCACGUCUAGAAGGACACGGUUUAUGCAGGAGGGAGUGAUUAACCUUCCCCAUCCUGGAGAAAAUACCCAGAGAGCAGAGCACAUGGUUCCUUUUCACCUUCAGCCUUCCCUCUUGGGCUUUGAAAGCUGUCAGUUGUCUGAGGUGCUGUGCGGCCUGCCUGCCAGCGGAUGCCUGUUUCUCCUCUUUUUCUCUCUUAAUUUAUUAACCGUGGUCUUCAAGGUUUUGUUUUUAGUUUUUUGGAUUUUUGUGGGGGGUUUUGUAAGAGUAUUGGCUGGAAGCUAUAUGCAAAUAGUCCUUUGCAGGGAGACGUUUGAGGUGCCUCUGUGAGUGUGUGUAAGCUGAAGUGGCCACAUUGAGGAAGUGCAAGCUUUGUGGGGGGUACACACUCACGUUGCUAAGCUGACUUGCUGUGUCUCUCACUGCAUGCCUGUGUCCUCAGAGCUACAGUCCAUUAAAAAAAAAAAGUCGAUUGUUUGAACACACCCCCAAAUGCCUAUGUUGUAGCUUACCAAUGUAUUCGUUCUGGUUUGGGGGUUUUCUUCUGUUUGCUUACUGGAAACUUGUACUUCAAGUAGGGGGGGAUUCUAAUUCUAAUAACUCCUGAACUAAGUUUUAUUAUUCAGCCAAUAAAUAUGUUCUCGUAUAAUGCUGGCUUAUUUUCUAAUUGAUAUCCAUAACUUUUG